AUGGUCUCGACCGCCGCCUCGCCCGUCCAACAGCAGCCGUCUACCCAACACCAGUAUGGCACCAGAAUUCGCUCCAAUUCAAUCAUCCGUCCGUCUAUCCGUCUUCGCCAGUCUCCUGACCCCCCUCACCCGCCGCGGCGCAUCAAACCCGUCCCUGCACCGAAGUCCAAGUUGGGAUUAGUGACCAGUCCACCGCCACAGCCCGACUUCCCUCCAUUUCCCCCUCCUCACGUUAUGCUUCAUUCCGAUGACGCCAAUAGCAAAAUAUUUAUGGCUAUAGGGCGAUCCUUCAUGUCGGUGGAUAAUCGCGCCAUGACGAUCAAAGACCUUGCGGAGAUGACCAUGAAAUAUGGCUUGAUGUGUCAAAAUGUGUCCGCGGCUGGUCAGGCGAUCACUACCUAUCUUCGUAAUCACCUGCAGCGAUGCGACGUCCAACAAGACCAUCCACUUCUUCUCCGCCACGUUCUGUCCGGCACCGCGCAUGAUGAUGACCUCGUACCCGCUUUGCACUCUCGCGUGGGUGGUGCUCAUUGUACGCUCAGCGCUUCCGACAAUAGGGUUACCAACUUUAGGCGCGGUACCAUGGUUUGGUACCUCAGCAAAGCUGCUGGUGCUCCCUGCCCAUUUGCUAGAGCUGGGAUUCAGCUGUCCGACUACAGCGAGAAUGGCAGGGUUGGAUCAAUUCCAAACCAUGGACGAGAGAAGAAAAGGGAGAGAGAUCGUGUACGGAGGGCGGAGCAGUGUGGUCAGAAGCGGAAGCGACUACUACGUGCUUGCGCUGACAAAGGUUCGGAUUCGGAUUCCCUAGGAGAGGAGGAGAAGAGACCCCCGAAAGUUAAGUUGACCUUGAGGCUUAGGCCGUCGCUCGUGUCCACUCCAGGCGCCUCGACCUCGGCUGCCUCCGCGUUACCAUCAGAUCCUACCCAUCCAUCCGAGUUGAUGGAUUUGACCGUGGACUCGGACUCUGACGACGACUCAAUGUCAAUAGACUCGGAAACAUCUGAAGAAUCAUCCCCAGGAGCAAGUGUGGUACUGGAACCCUACCCUCGACGAUCCCUCUCUAUCCCUUCCUACACGCCCUCGCUUGAUGGGUCGUACAUUGCUCCUGAAGAGCAGACGGAUCAUCGCCGGUCGCCUUCAGUUCCUUACAGUGUGGAGUCCGCAUCUCCUCCUCCCGAUUCAGAAGAUGAAGAUGCGGACUUUCAUAUCAGCAUGACAAGUGUGCGGCGCUCGUCUUCGGGUUAUGACCUGGAUGAGGACGAGGAGGAUGACUUAUUCUACAAUGGCUUCUAUGAUGUUGACGCAGAGACCACCUACGAAAGUCCUGGCCCGCGAUCGCCUUCAGUCCAAUUCGAAGAUGAGGCUGUGGUGAAACAGGAGCCCAUUGAUUUGGACGGACAUCUUGCUGCUUUGGACGACCUAGAAAUCACGGCUACCGGUAUCGAAGUGGUGCGCAUCGUGGAAAUGGCCGCGGCCGGGCUUGAUGAGGUGGGAUUACCCAAAGAAGAUCUCGAGUCGUGCGAUUGUGUUCGUUGCAGGGAGUCCCAUUCGCGAGCGUUCCUCCCUUCCGAUGACGAACUUGAUGUGACGAAAAUCAAGGAGGAAGAGGUCGACCAGGUGUUACCAUUGUUUCAUGGUGAAUUGCCACCAUCACCACAGUCCGACUACCCGAUAUCUCCUGUCUCUGCAUCACCAAUCCAGUAUGACUUCGUGGAAGGUCGUCGCCAAAGCGAACUUAUGUGGAGCGAUGUCGAACUUCUGGGGCCGGACACCGUCAAGCCCCAUGAUCUUGAGGAUGAAUCAUGGUUGGAGAGUGGGACCAGCUGGGACCACGCAGAAUCCUCUGCGGAAGAUACGGUACGGCGGUCUCAUGUUCCUCUAGCUGUCACGGACCCCAAGUUCCCUGUUCGCACGCAAGUGCGCGUCCCACCGUUGCCUCCUCGGCUGGACCUCACUGCGACGGGUAAUCAGAAUACCGUCAAGAAAGAAGAUGGUAUUCGUCCCCCCGAAGUUGCAACGCCUUCGUUGAUUUCCUCCCUGACCACACUUUCUAUAUGUACGCCUACUUCACCAGAUGCCGAGAGACAUGACUCGGUCAGCUACCCUUCGCCUUCGGUGCAGACAAACGCUCCGGAGGGGGAGUCGCGUGUGGAAUUGACUUAUUUCAACGAAGCGUCUGUACACAUCUGCGCUUGCACUCCUGCAAUCAGUGCUACACAAUUCGAAGGCAUCUUCGUAUACCAGAUGUCACUGGGCUCGUCGGUUGCUCUUCGGAGAAUCGAUUCCGAUUUCGUGAACUUCUCCCCCAUCGCUAGGUGUAUGGGUAUUCAAUCACCGAGUGUCCUUCAUGCAGUCGUUGUCACCCGAGGCUCACCAGCUGUGCGCGGUACAUGGGUUCCGCGAGCUGUCGCACAGCCUCUUGUGGAGGAUCAUCCUGAGCUGGCCCUUUUUUUGUCGGACAGUCUCCAUGGACGUUUCUCUUCACUCCUUCCUGAUCCCUACCAUGCAACCUCAUGCCAGCCUGACAAUGAGUUUGGGCCGCAUUUCCAGUCUACUGUGGACGCGGAACGCUCAAGAGAAGCUCUAUGGGAACCAGGGAUAGACUCGAACUGGGAGAGCGAAGAUCAUCUGUUUCCAGUACACCCUCCUUUCUCGUUGGCGUCGAUUCCCACUCCGACGUCAUUUCCGGAGGACGUGACCAUUCCUGAGACUCCCUUGAGCCCUACGGAAGAGGAGAUGUUCCACGUUUUGUGUGCAGCUCCGGAUUGGGAGGCAUCGCCCGCUGUCGCCUGUCCCGUAGUCGCCUCAGCCGCUGCCGUUACCCCAUCCAUGGUCCCACUAGCUGUCACUUCACCCGAAUCACCGGUGAUGUUGACAUCUGUCCCUCCGGCCCCAACACCGCUUGCAGCAGUUACUAAUUGCUCAGAGGACUGUGUGGUUAACAAUGAGCCUUCCACUGGAGUUGUGAAGGACUCAGCAUGCCGCGACCGUCCUUUGCGACGAUCGAAACGCGUGGCAAAUGCCAUUGCCAACUCUCGAUCCCGGACACGAUCCAACAAGAGAGGAUCACGGAGUUCUUUGUCUUGA